AUGACAGUAUCUCAGCAAAUAAAGGAAGAAGAAGAACAGGUUAAAGAGAAUUUAAAUAACGGAUAUAACAAAGGAGAAUGGCCAACAAUGGAGUAUUAUGAAGAUAAAAAGAAAGAAUUACGAGAAUUGAUCAGUAAAAAGAACUCAGUAGAUAAAACUCUUGCUGCAUUGGAGGAAAAAAUAUACAAGCUUGAAGGGGCGUAUUUAGAAGAUACAGCUCAGGGAGGGAAUAUUAUACGGGGAUUUGAUGGAUUUCUUAAAGGCUCAAGUUAUAAGAAGCGUGCAGAUUAUACUGAUAACGACCGUCUUUUUUCUUUUUCUUCGGGAACUUUUUUAAAGUUUCUUCAUAAAAACGAGUUCUGUGAUGAUUCUGAUACAUCAACAACACAAAAAAAGAAAAAACGUAGGAAAACAGAUGGCGAUUCUUCUGGUAGUUCUAAAGAUUUACCUUAUGUAACAAAAAGAGUUAGAAUAUCUUUUCGAACAGAUGAUUAA